AUGGAGGGCGAUGUCUCUACUGAGAGAAGAAGGGCCAUGAAGAACAUUAAACAAUGUGUCAGAAAUAUUCCUAGGCUUAAGCAGCCUCCUGAGAGCCCUGAAGACACCAACAGUGAUUCCGUCAGUGGGCCGUCCUGGGUUCCGGUGAGGCUUUCACGGGACGCAAGCAGAGGCACUUCUGUUCUGGAGUCCAAGGUGAAAGCUUUGAAAGAGAAGAAGAGUGCCCUUAACAAGCAGGGUGAGCCGGUGCCCCAGGAACGGGCUUCUCCAAAGAAGGCCAAACCCCGUAAGGUGAAGCCGCUGACCGAAACAGUUCCUCAGGAUGCACUGGUGGAACCAGAGUCUCAAAUCCGCACCUACCUGACAGAUGUGCUGCUGGACAGCACUGACUACCCACAUCUUGGGCAGGAGAAAGUUCAGGGGGGGAUGCUUUCAAGCUCUUAUGCCAAUGAUUUUGCAGCUCUGAAGGGGCCUACGGCAGCAGGAGGAGCUCCAAACGUUGGUUGGAGUUCACCCAAGGAGUUCCAGGGACUGCCUGGGAAAGCACUCGAAAAUAAGGUCUGUUCCAGAAACACAACAAGAAGAAUAUCCCAAAAUGGUCUGCGUGAAGCCAGUUCCUCCAAGGACCUUACCUUCAACCAGGAAUCUUCUGAGGAAGCAAACGGAGAAGCAGACCGCCAAUUUCAGGCUAGGGACUUUGGAAGUAGUAUUUUUUUGCACAGAAAUGAUGCCAGUGGCCUAGCAGCAGCUGGGCGGCUUUGGAGAGCUGAGAGCUGGGACAGCCUUGGCAGUGGGGGAAGCAACGCAAGCUCCCUGUCGCUGGCUGAAAGAGUGGAGCGGAACCGGGCUGUUCUGCAGGAGAUGCUGAGUGGGCCAGCGCAGAGUAGCCAUCCUCCUCCGCAGGAAGUGCGUACCUUGCAGCGGCACAAGAAAGACAACUCAGUCCGUGGGAACGAGAGGCCUAGUAACGAGAUCCUGGCAAAUGAUGUAGACUGGGACUCCGGUGUAUCCUUGCAGGACUCAGAAGGCUUCCGGGCCUUUGUUCCCAAUCAGGAGCUGGAGCUGAGCCCCAGGCAUGAGCAGGCCAAGCAACUGCUGCAGAGAGCACGCAUGAAGGCCCGGACAAAUCCCCUCCGAGCCAACCACAGCAUCUUGCCUUCUGCGCCCCAGGAGAGGAGGGAUACUUGUGGGUUUGCUGCUGUGGACACAAGAAACUUUGCUUUGAAGGAUGGAGACUCCCAUGGUAGCGGGAACCUAAGUGAUUCAUCUAGCGGGGAAUCUAGCUGUGGUCAGCAGAGGAAACGGGGACCAUCCCCGUCCCGAGUCCGUUUCGAAGAUGAAUCUGCACGGGAUGCUGAAGUCCGCUACAUGGAACGUCUGCAGCAGCGUCAGAAGCGUGUCUUGGAUUCAGUCCUCUUAUCUCUCGGACAAGGCCCGCUCGCCUCCAAACCAGACCUUUUGGAUUAUAUAAAUGGUGACUUCCAGCGUAAGGAGAAUGGAGAACAACAGAACUCCAGCAGGGGGCGCUCUGAGAAGGGGAAACCCCUUGUGGUCAACGAGGAAGGAAAGUGCAGUGCCUGUGGUUCUUAUAUCAGAGAUGCAGCAGCCGUUCAACAUCGGGAAACCAGCAUCAACACAACCGGCUAUGGUGUGCCUCAGACCUGCAGUGUUCCUCAAGAAAGCAAAUAUCUACCCCAGGCCAAUGAAAACAAAGAGCUCCGUGCAUGUCAGGAGGAACCACAAACAAGGACUCUGGGUCCCAAAGGAACACCAUUAUGGAUCCUUCCUUCUCGGCAGCGUAUUUACACCGAACGUAUCAGGGAGACUUAUAUUGGAGAUGUGACUUGCAUAGAUGAUGUGGACUCAGCUUUAGACAGCACUACUGACACGUCGGAUAGCUACAGGACAGACAGCGAAGAAACUGGACCCAGCAGCUGCCAACCAGUGGACAAAAAUAACUGGCAGGGUAGUUCUGGUUCUGAUCCUAAGCUGACUUGUCCUUCAGGAAAGGACAGGAAGGCUGACAGGGAGAGGCACAAGGUGAAUGGUGUCUGCAGUACCAGUGGGGAGAAGAUCAGAGAUGAUGUGCCCAGAAUUAGUAGAGCGGAGAUCCAAUCAACUGCUAAUGAGACGUGCAACUGUAACUUGAAUGGGACUUCUCAGGUAAGAAGUCAGGUGACCAGGAAGACCACCAGUGGGGUAGAAGCCUUUCCCAAAGUUGACCAGUCUGUAGAUCAUUUUCAGCUGAUCAAGAACAGCAAGAACCAAGGACACAGCAGGAUUGCCAAGGUUAAGUUGAGGCAGCCCACACCUGCCAGCCACUCCCCGCAGUUGCCUUCUCAUUUGGUUCCUGGUGGUGAGACAGAUUCUCUGAACGGGAAGCCAGUGGAAAGCUCCGAUCAUGCUCCUCUAACCAACAACUUAAGCCAAACUACACAGAUAACAGCUCCAUCACAACAAUUAGCAAAGCAAAUGGCUGCAGGCUACAACCUAGUGAAUUGGGUACCUGUACCGCCUAGGACUGGGAAAGCCCUCCCCUCUCCAUUGCCUUAUAGGAGGACUGUCUUGACAGGCAGCUUCAAGCCAGCCUGUCAGGAUGCUGGGCUCAUGGACCAAGCCAAUGAACUAUCAAUUCACUCAACUUCUCCCAAUAGUCUCCAGCAAAAAUGUGUGUCCGGGCUGCAGGAGCCAUGUGACUUGCAGCCAGGUGCAAAGAGUCACAUGUUGGCCUUGUCCACAAAUAAUUGCAAUAACACACAUGCCAAGGGUCCGCUGGAAGCCUCAGAGACUGCUGCAGAGGAGAACAGAGAGGAGCAUUUCCAGGACAUCCAGAAUCUGGACAAGAACAAAGGUCCAUUAUCCUCAUCGUGUGGUGUUCCCCCUGUUACUCCCAGCAUCGUCAGUUCUGCUGCCAUCGCUGUCUCUCUGACAACUGAUGAGGCCAACGUCACCAUCCCUGCUCAGUCACACAAUGGGGAAGCUCCAAAGUCAGAGGGACAGAAGACCAAGUCAGUGCGACCAAAUACUGCCCAAGGCAAACCCUUAGAAACCUGCCCUGAGCCACCAAAGAAGAAGCAGUUUGCCAAGAAAGGGGGCACCACCUCCACUUCCUCCUCCUCCACGUCAGGCCUAAAGAAAUUCUUCACUUCCUUGAGCCAGAGCACUAAGCAGCGGCUGGGCAGGUUCCGCUGCUACAGUAUGGAACAGAUCUCUGCCCCAGGGGCAGACACUCCGAUGGCCCUCGAGGAACUGGGCGCAGGCAUCACGAGCUCCCCGAAAAUAAAGAAAGCACCUUCUCUGCAGUCCUUGCAGCUGGUGUCACCCUUCAGCCAACCACGGAAAUCCUCUUCUGUUCAAAAUUUGCAUUCUCUGUUGGGCAAGACGGAUCGGUCCAGCCUCUACCAGCUGGCGGAACCAAAGGAUGGAGCAUCUGUACCUGACAGGAAAGGGAGCGCUCAUCCCAGGCGUUCCCUCAGUGUGGAGGACAUCGGCUCCCCCAACUUGGCGAGGACUGUUGGACGGGUGGUGGAGGUUUUCCCUGACGGCACUAGCCAGCUCGAACUGCAGCGGUCCCCACAGGGGAACUUUGGAUUCCGUGUCGCUUCCGGAAAUGGCCGCCCUGAUACAGGCAUCUACGUCCAGGAGAUGGCAGAUGCAAGCACAGCGAAACUCUAUGCUGGGCUCCUGGGAGUUGGAGAUGAGAUCCUGGAGCUGAAUGGUGCCAAGGUGGCUGGGCUGGGCCUAGCCCACAUCAAUGAACUGCUCCUGUGGGCAGACACCCUCUCGGUCCGAGUGCUGAGGCAGCGGCCUGUUCGGCGGUAGCAGAGAGGGGCAGAGAGUGCUUGCCGAGGCUUUUCCAUGUGCCAGAGCUUUUCACUGCUCACGUGGAGCCUCUGGUGCCUGCCUGAGACUUGGAGCAGUGCCUGGCUCGCAUCUCCCUCUCAUUGCCUUCCUGGUUUGGAUGUGGGAGGCGACGCAGCCCAACCCCACAGGCUGUGCUGUAUCGCAAGCUCUGCGCGCUAAAUAUUUAAUUUAUGUAAGGUUCUGAAAGACAACAUGGAUCUUUCUCUCCAUGGCCAAGAGAAUUAGCAGGAGAUAUUUGGCACUGAUAGACUUCUCCUUUAUGCGUGGGACGAAGCGACAGAAACUGUACACAACAAACUUGGAUGGUUAGAUAUAGUUAUCUCCUUUCCCAGCUUUCUUGUUUCCUUAAACUUUGAAAGGUGCUGGAUCAUCUUGAAGUCACAUUCUGAGCAACCAGAUAGGCCUGGUGGAUCAAAACCAACUCACAGAUGUUCAAGGCACAAUUUGUUCUUGAUAAGAAUUUUGCUACUUCACCAACGACAUCUCCCUUAACAGAUCUGUCUAGUGUGAUGGAGAAAAGUGUGGAGAUGUCACUAAUGGGUAUUUUUUUAAAAGAAGUUUCCAAGUUUUGAGAGGUUGUGUUGGGUAACUGGUAAUUGCAUCCCACAGUUAAAAUAGUGUGUGGCCCUGCAGAACAGCUUGCCUAGAUCCAUUCUAACUGUCCCUGUGCUCUGAUAAGGGACACUAUAAAUUUGACCUACAGUCCCACUUUCUGUCUCUCGUAUCUUUGUUCUCUUCUCCUUUCAACUUGUGACAAUGGCCUACUUCUCACUGAGGUGCCUGGGCCAUGCCUCCUUCAGACUGCGGGUAUAUAUUCCAUUGAUCAAAUGCUCUUCCAUACAAAACCAGUUCCCUGUAUAUUGAAAACUAGCAUGUCAGGAAGGUUAGGCAAGAAACCUUUUCUUUGACAUGCUACUUUUUGUUGUGCAGGGAAUAUUUUGCGUGGAGGGGCAUUCAGUUACAUGACUAUAUUAAAGCAGUGCAGCUAGGAGGGCUGGGUCAACCCACUAUAGUCUCCUGGUAAUUUUUCCCGAUCCCUGCUGCACUUCACAGGUCAGGGGGGAGAAUGAGGAAUGCUAGUGUGCAACAUUACUUCCAGCACUAAACCAGAAUUGCCAUCAUCACUUUGGGGGAUAUUCUAGAAUUCACCCAAAACUCUAUGGUUUAACCAUAGUUCAACUCAGUUUCACCACAGGUUUUUUUUUUUUACCAUAGAGUUUUUGGUAAAUCCUAGAGUUUGGGGCUAAUGUGAUUAUGUCACUUCCAGUUUAGCACCAGGUGUGAUGUUGUAUGCUGGUGUACCUCUUCCUGGUUCCCAAUUCCUCCUGGAGGUUUGCCAGCUAUGGCUGGCAACCCUAUGUAUAGCUCAGGCAUCACUUGUCUUGAUGAGAACUGGGCCUGAAUUUGCUGUUGGGGUGAAGUGUGCUAUUGCUCUCUGUUGUCUUGAGUCCUGGAGAUGUUUUUUUUUCUCAGUAGCCCCAAAGACCAGGUUUCCCCCGA